AUGUUAAAUAGAUUAACUUUAAGUUUUAAAUCUGAUGAUAUUGAGGAGGAGUUUAGAGAGAAUCAAUCUGAAAAAGUAAAAGAAGAAUUUAACUUAUUUACUUUAUAAUGUUUGGUAUUAAUAAUUUAUAAAAUAAGCUAUUCUUUCCCUUUUAUUCGAUGGCUUACUUUUAAACAGAAUACUUUAAUUUGACUAGCGUUUUAAUAGUUUUAAUAAUCUUUGGUCUGAUUUUGUUGUUCAAAUUGAUAAUUGGUAAUUAUCCAAAUAGCGUAAACUUAAUAUUACCUAUUUCAUAAGUGUUGUUUGGCAUUGUUUGGAGCAUAGAUAAUAUGUAAUAAUAACCUUAAUUAAACUAAUAUUCUUGGUUUUAUGGAUUUUAAGCAUUUUAUUUUCAUUAUGGUAUGUAUUUUAAGUAAAUAGCUAUUCUGUAGUAAGGCUAUUAAAUUCUACCUUAAGGUAUUUGCAUAUUAGGAUUAUUUGCAUGGUUUAUAAUUUUAUUUGCAAAUAAUUCAUUAGAGUUUAUAACUUUAAGUCUCACACAAUUUAGUAUUAUUUUAGGUCUAAUAUUCUUAAAAUAUACAAAUCUAAGAUUGAAAAGAUUAUAAUUUAUUGAUAAUAGAGAAAGAAAUAAAUGGAUCUAAAUUAUAGAAUAAAUAGUAGAUUAUCAAUUGAUUGUAGUUUAGUUUGAUAAACGACAAGAUUAAAUAAUAAUUAAAUAGAUAAAUGAAGAAACUAAACAAAAAUUAUAAAUUAAAGAUAAUCAAGAUCUGAGAAAAAUUUUAAGAGAUGUUUUAAUUUCAUUAUUAUUUUUUAGAUGUAAAUCAUUAAUAGUGGAAGUUCUUAAAGUAAAUUUAAGAGGCUCUCCUUAGAAAUGGCAAUAAGAGAUUAGUUUGAUCAUAAUUUUCAGUAGUUAGUACCUUCUUAUGAUGUUAUUUCUAAUAUUUUGAAGUAGGAAUUUAGAGUAAAGUUAAUUCAAUAUAUAAUUCAAGAAGGAUAAUGUGUUAUAUUAGCUUUUGACAGUUAAUCUAGAGAAGAAAGUAAGUAGAUAAUUUCAUAUUAAAAAAUUUCAGAAAAUAUUUUUAUUUAAUACUCCUCAAAAGUUCUCUCCAGUAUUUGUAAUCAUAACAAUAAAUUAAAUGUAUUAUAAUAAAUAGUUAAUUUAUAAUUUUAUCGAAUUUGGAUGGAUAAUAAAACAUUCAUUACUUAAAAAACUUAAAUUAAAUUGCCUAAUCUUAUUUAAUUAUUAUAAAAUUUGUUUUCAAGAAAAAUAAAAUUAAAAUAGAGUUUCGAAUAUAAUGACUUUUUUCUAUUAAACUUAAGACCAUUAAAAAUGAUACUAGUUGCAUUGACAUAAUUUUUAGAUUCUGACUUUCAGAUAAUAAUUAAAUUUAGGAAUAAAUUACUAUUUAAACAUUUAACAUUUACAAUUGAAACAAAACAUAUUAUAUUUCCGAUUCAACUCUGUAAUUUAAUAAAAAGAUAGCUAGACUUCGAAGAUAAGAAUUGGGCAAAGAAUAAACUCAAAAUUUUGGAAUGUAUUAAGAUUUUGUAAGAUAAAUAAAAAAAGAAUCAAAAUGUUUAUUUGUUUUCUUUAAUUAUGUGCUAUUAUUUCUUGUAUUAAACUUUUAAUUAGAGUACAUUAAGAUUUAAAAAAAAAAAAGAUUCAAGAUAAAAAGUGUCUUUUGAAGUAAUUGUUUGA